CAACACCACACGACCGCACCGAGAGAGCCCAGACGCGCCAAGCCGCUAACCAAAGGCCACGCCAAAGAGCACCAGGCCGCCGUCCAUGUCGUCCGCCGCGGCGCCAGACCCAGACCAGCCGCCGCGCCCCGUGCGCUUCGGCAUCCUUGGCUGCGCCUCCAUCGCGCGCAAGCUUGCGCGCGCCAUGCUGCUCGCGCCCGGCGCAGCCGUCGCCGCCGUCGGGAGCCGCUCCGAGGAGAAGGCCCGCCUCUUCGCCGCCGACAACGGCCUCGACGUCGCGGCCACCCGCCUCCACGGCUCCUACGAGGCGAUCCUCGACGACCCGGACGUGGACGCCGUCUACCUCCCGCUCCCCACCAGCCUCCACGUGCGCUGGGCCACCGCCGCCGCCGCGAGGGGCAAGCACGUGCUCCUAGAGAAGCCCACCGCGCUGUGCGCCGCCGACCUCGACGCCAUCCUCGCCGCCUGCGACGCCGCGGGGGUCCAGUUCAUGGACUCCACCAUGUGGAUGCACCACCCGCGCACCGCCAGGAUGCGGGACACCGUCGACGACAAGGACGCCAUUGGGGACAUCGCAACGAUUAACAGUGUGUUCAGCUUUCGAGCAAACGAAGAUUUCCUCCAGAAUGACAUCAGAGUAAAGCCAGAUCUUGAUGCCCUGGGUGCACUUGGUGAUGCUGGGUGGUACUGCAUCCGUGCAAUCCUGUGGGCUGUUGGCUAUGAGUUGCCCAAGACUGUGAUCGCACUGCGCGACCCUGUAAAGAACCGAGCUGGCGUGCUUCUUGCGUGUGGCGCGACAUUGUACUGGGCAGAUGGCAAGACUGCCACCUUCAGCUGCUCUUUCCUGAGCAAUCUCACCAUGGAUAUCACCUUGGUUGGCACGAAUGGAACUAUCCAUGUCACUGACUUUGUCAUCCCAUACGAGGAGAAUUUGGCGGAGUUCCACGUGGCUUCGAAGUCAAGCUUUGCUGAGCUCCACAUUGGAUGGGAUCCUCUGCCAAGCAAGCACGUUAUCACAACGGACCUGCCACAGGAGGCCCUGAUGGUCCAGGAAUUCGCGAGGCUCGUGCAGGAGAUCCGGGAUGCUGGGUGUAAGCCUGAGGGGAAGUGGCCGGCCAUCACCCGGAAGACGCAGCUGGUUUUGGAUGCUGUGAAAGCCUCGAUUGACAAAGGAUCUGAGCCAGUUGAGGUGGCUAGUUAAAUCCAACAAACGAGUCACUUCCGAUCCUGGGUAAGGCCUUGUUUGGAUGUUGUUGGAUUCACCUCAAUCCAUAUGUGUUGGAGUGGAUUGGGGUGAAAUUUAGUUCAAGUUCCACUCCAACCCAUCCUAACAUAUGUGGAUUGAUGCGAAUCCGACUACAUCCAAACAAGGCCUUUGUUUACACAGCAUGGCCUGGUUUGUGCUUGCGUGAUAUACACAUUAUGUACUUCUGUACUGUACAUGAAACCAGUAAACCAUUAUUCGUGAUAAUUUAAAGAAGUGGCAUCAAACUCAGAAAAAGGUUGAAGUGUAUAAGUCGGAUGAUAUUUCUACUGGUUGUUCUAGUAUAUGGGCAGACGGAAGCAUCACCAUCAAUAAUCAACCGAUGGUUGCCCGGCAAAAGGAGGAAUACAGCAGGAAGUUCUAAGAUUGAAGAAAAAAAACAAUGUUGAGGGCUUCCGUUGUGAUGUUCUUGGUCAUGAACAUCCUGGACAGGUUCAGGUUGUGCAACAUUUCCAGCAUGAUCAGUUAGCACUGUUAGACAACUAGAUUGUACCGUGUAACAACUAGAUUAGAUUGAGUCAAGAGUUUGUUGUAACUAAUCUCCACUUUGUAUGGCCACGCAGGGGGCUUUUCCUUGUCUAUUUAACACGUACCGAGAGACCCAGAUAGGGUCAUCUCGUUCCCUCA